AAAAAAAAAAGCCCAGGGGCAUAAAGUUGCUUGGCCUAUAAUAGAACUGAAAGGCCAAUGUUUCCUAGCAUAGAGAGCCUUCUUUCCAGGACUGUUCUAGAAUUUUACAGCUGAACGUUCUUGAGGAAUGCAUAGUAGUUGAGAGGACUUAGAAAUUGCGUAAAGAUGGAGAUCAUGUUUUAGUCAACUUUGAUUGCACCCACCCCAUUUACCUAACGCUCAGAGAUCCACCCAGUUACAGAACUUUUCCUCUGACUGUGUGAGCGUACAACCUAUAGGUACAGCCUAGGCUAAUAUAAAGCGUUAUACAGAUGUGGAGCUUUCACACCCAUUUUCUCCUUGGAUCUUCACAAACUCUUACAAAAUAAGCACUAUUACAGAGGGAAUAAACUCAGAGCUAAAGUGACAAGUCCAGGGUCACAUACACACUUAAGGAAACAGCAGUGCCGAUGUUGGAACCAAAUCCCCUGGUUCCAAACGGGAUGCUCUUUCUACUGCCCUCCAUGGAGGGUAACUGAUGUACUCUACAGGACUGUUAACUCUUGGAGGCAGCUCAAGUGCUACUUCUGGGAAUCCCUCCCGGUUUCAGGUAUUAAUUCAUUAAAAAUGUUCAUUGAGCACCUACUAUGAGCCAGGCAUGGCACCUAGUGUUGGGGGCAGGGUACAGCAGCGAACAGGGCAAGAAGCUGCUUGCCUUCGGUCUGGUUCAGGAAUCCGGCCCAACAAGGAGACGCAUGUAUAAACGAUGGAAGCGGUACGCGCUAUACGGAAAACACACAGGGCGAUGGGAGAAAAUGUGUGUCCUUUUGGUCAGAGAAGGCGUCACAGAAAAGUGACAUUUAAGUUGAGACCGGAGCGUGGUCUUUCAGCAGGCGUUUAACGGAAGACACUGUCCCACAAACCUCGUUUGGGAAACGCCGACAACAGGAGAAAGCGGACUUAGUCCGCACAGGGGCCGCUCCCAGGCCUCCGAUCUUCGCCGCCUUCACCGCGGCUGGCAAAGGACAGGGCCCGGCCCCGCCGCCAGCACCAGGGGGCGCCGCGGGUCCUCCCAGCCCGCAGGAGGCGCCGUGGCCCCGGGCACUGCCAAACCGACAUCUGCCAGCCACCACGCCCCGGCCCGGAAGCCCAGGGUACGGAGAGGGGCAAGGGCGGCGCUGGGAAGCUCUGAGGCCCUGGGGAAUCGAGGGUGUGGUCCUUAGACCCUCAAAGAGGAGACGUCCUCAGGCCCAAACACAGAACCGCGCACCCAUACCCUCGCUCCCUCGGGGACAGCCCGUUUCCGGCGCCUUUAAACCACGAAGUACCGCCCGCACCCAAUCCUGGUCCUUUCGCACUCGGUGUAAGCGUCGGCUCCCCGCCGGGGUAGCGCGAGGCCAGCGGUCUGCGGUUACCAAUCAGCGCUCAGGAAACGGCGCAUGCGUUGUCGGACGAAUGCGUCUGAAGGCGAACGCUGACCCGAAGAUGACCUCUUCUCCUCUCCCCCGCCCUCGCUGUGAAGAUGGCGCUCUCCAGGGUGUGCUGGGCUCGGGCCGCUCUGUGGGGUUCGGCGGUCACCCCUGGACUUUAUGUCACCCGGAAGCUGCAACUCGUUCGCUCUGGCCUGGCCUGGGGGGCCCCUGGGUCUUCAAAGCUUCACCUUUCUCCAAAGACAGAUGUGAAGAACUUGAUCUCUUAUGUGGUAACCAAGACAAAAGUGAUUAAUGGGAAAUACCAUCGUUUCUUGGGUCGUCAUUUCCCCCGCUUCUAUGUCCUGUACACAAUCUUCAUGAAAGGAUUGCAUAUGUUAUGGGCUGAUGCCAAAAAGGCUAGAAGAAUAAAGACAAAUAUGUGGAAGCACAAUAUAAAGUUUCAUCAACUUUCAUACCGGGAGAUGGAGCAUUUGAGACAGUUCCGUCGAGAUGUCACCAAGUGUCUUUUCCUAGGUAUUAUUUCCAUUCCACCUUUUGCCAACUACCUGGUCUUCUUGCUAAUGUACCUGUUUCCUAGGCAACUUCUGAUCCGACAUUUCUGGACCCCAAAGCAACAAAUUGAUUUCUUAGAUAUCUAUCAUGCUCUCCGGAAGCAGUCCCACCCAGAAAUUCUUUGUUGUUUAGAAAGGGUUAUCCCCCUCAUUUCUGAUGCAGGACUCCGGUGGCAUAUGGCAGAGCUGUGCACCAAGAUACAGCAUGGCACCCACCCAGCAGUACAUGAUAUCCUGGCUCUGAGAAACUGUUUCUCUAACUAUCCUCUGGGCAUGAACCAACUCCAUGCUUUGCAAAUGAAAGCCUUGAGUCGAGCCAUGCUUCUCACACCGUAUCUGCCUCCUCUCUUGUUGAGACACCGUUUAAAGACUCAUACCACUGUGAUUCACCACCUGGACAAGGCUCUGGCAAAGCUGGGGAUUGGCCAGCUGACUGCUCAGGAAGUGAAAUCGGCUUGUUAUCUUCGUGGCCUGAAUUCUACCCAUGUUGCUGAAGACAGGUGUCGAACUUGGCUGGGAGAAUGGCUGCAGAUUUCCUGCAGCCUGAAAGAAGCUGAGCUGUCCCUUUUGCUACACAACGUGGUCCUGCUUUCCACCAACUACAUUGGGACAAGGCGCUGAGUGGACAUGGAGCGGAUGGCAUUGUCCUGCAGUCACGUAGUACAGCAGCGUGGGACCAAACAGCACUUGUCAGCAGAGUGUGUGCACUGUUAGGUGUGUGGGAGGCAGAGAAGCAGGUGCCUCAGGCUUCACACUGGUACCCACGUGGGAGCCAGAACUGAAACAAACCCUGUUCCCAGGGGCGGCCCAUGUGAAGUGUCACCCCAGCUUCCUCAGAAUUAUCUGGAGCUGGCAGCAGCCUCUGUACCGAGCACUUACUGUGAUGUUUUAAGUUCAGAUGCCUGUAAGUGAGCUUUUGCCCCAGGUGGGAAUCCUCAUUUGGCCUAGGACUUAUCCAUGGCCAUAUUCUACCCAGCUGUGUUUUUGUUAAAGACAGUUUCUGGCUUGUAAGGAGAACAGCACUAGUUAAACUGGAGCUUUUGCAUCCAUGUGAGUGUUUUGAUGCUCCCCUCAAUCCUUUCUGAUAUGACCAAAAAUAGGGGGUUUUUUUUUUGUCUUCCUCACUGAGCUAACCACUCUCUUUCCUUUUCAAAUCCUUUGAACACCUUAACUUUAAAUUUUUUUUUUUUUGCUGAGAGGAUUCACUCUGAGCUAACAUCUGUGCCAGUCUUCCUCUAUUUUGUAUGUGGGUCACUGCCACAGCAUGGCUGACAAGUGGUGUAGUCUACACCCGGGAUCCGAACCCACAAACCUGGGCUGCUGAAGCGGAGCUUGCUGAACUUAAUCACUAUGCCAUGGGGCCAGCCCCUUAACUUUUUUUUUUAGUGAAUAACUUAUGGGAACAUUCUCAUGGAAAAGAUAAAAGGAAAUACAAGUGCUUCUUGACCCCUUCCCCAGCGUUUACAGGCUUCGCUCUCCUUGUCUUAAUUUCUGGGCUGUGCUACAGCCCCAGUGGAUCUUAAACUCUUUGCUACCUCCACUGUGUUGCAGCAAUCCAGCUGUAACUGACAGUGGCUGCCUUCUUUGGGCCAUGGAUCAAACCUGUAAGGUACUAAUUACUGCCCAGCCCAGGAGACCAGGAGAGGUCUGCGUCAAGAUAGUAAGUUGGGUUUAGCUUUUGUCUGUGUACAUCAGUGACCUGUAGUAACUUAUUGUAAAUGCAUGAAGCACUGUUUUUGAACCCAAGUAAAGACUGCCUGAAACCAGUUGCUGGAAAUUA